UUUUUCAUCCUCCAGCACCUGUGCUUGGCUGUCAGACAGUUGACUGUGCUGCCAUCUCAAAAGAGGAACAACGGACCCGGUGACAAAAGUUCCCAGACGCUGCCCCGGGGAGCCUAAAUGUGGAGGCAGGGAACGGAUGGAAGAAAGCUAUGAGACAUUUGAGGAGGAGUUAGGGCCAUCAAGAGCAGAUCCUCCUCCACAGAAGCCUGUUCGACAGAUCCGCAGACCAGAAAUGUAUGCUACGAGAAAAAUCAGAGAGGAAAUGGCUCCAGUUUUUCAUCAACCAAGAGCAGAACCCAAAGCUUUACAGAGAGAAACCAGCUUCCCCAGAAAAGCAUCCUUGCAUGAAACCAUGUCCAUCCAAAACCUGAACCAGAUUGAAACACCUUGGGAGAACGUCACUCUGAACCGAUGUCUGUUUGUAGCCAUUACCAUCCUCGUGCUCACCUCAGGCUUUCAGAGGCUUCAAGAAACCUUGCGUGGUCAGGGGACUUUGCAUGGUGAGGAGGAAGAAGUAGUCGGACUGGCAGUGACACGGUCAGGCACAUUACGUCACAGAGGGCAACCAUCAGAACCUGAGACAUCUAUGUGGGAAGUCAUGUUUUGGUGGCUGCCAGACCUGGAUGAUGAAGAGGAUGAGGAUGAGGAGGAAGAGGACGACGAUGGGGAAGUCAAAAUGGGGAGGUCAAAGACAGGUGCGAUGGCACGGACAUCGAGAGGUCUCCGAAACAAGCCACUGCCAGACAAAAAACUCAUGAGGCAGAGACAUGGCAAAUUAAAGGAGAGGAGGGCCAAGAAAGCCAGGGAUGAAGAAACCAAAGAUAAGAAAGAACGAGAUAAAAACAAGCAACAUGAAGAGGCAGCAGGUGAAGAAGAUGAAGAUCAAAGUUAUAGGGAGACAGCACCCGAGAAGAAUGAGAAGUCAGAGGGAAAGAAAGAGAAGAAAAAGACUCACAAGUAAUGAGUUGAUUGUUAUUUUUCCAUCAGACACCAAUUCCUUUUCUAAUUCACCUACAUUGAUUUGAUCAUCUAUAAGAGGAAGCAACAUUGAUGCUAGGCUUAUUAAUGUGAAUCUUUCAAAUGCGCACAAUUAAGACUCAAAAGUAAUCUGUGCUUCUAGUAAUACUGCUGAACACAAAUAAACUGUUACAUAAUUUU